GUAAUCGCAUUAUCCGGCAUUUCGCUGUGACCGCGCAGUCAGAGAGAGCAGCCAUGCCCGAGCCGGCCAAGUCCGCCCCCGCGCCCAAGAAGGGCUCCAAGAAGGCGGUGACCAAGACGCAGAAGAAGGGCGACAAGAAGCGCAAGAAGAGCCGCAAGGAGAGCUACUCCAUCUACGUGUACAAGGUGCUGAAGCAGGUGCACCCCGACACGGGCAUCUCGUCCAAGGCCAUGGGCAUCAUGAACUCCUUCGUCAACGACAUCUUCGAGCGCAUCGCGGGCGAGGCCUCGCGCCUGGCGCACUACAACAAGCGCUCCACCAUCACCUCGCGGGAGAUCCAGACGGCCGUGCGCCUGCUGCUGCCCGGCGAGCUGGCCAAGCACGCCGUGUCCGAGGGCACCAAGGCCGUCACCAAGUACACCAGCUCCAAGUAGGGCGCCUCGGACCGUCAAUUUUAACCCAAAGGCUCUUUUAAGAGCCACCAAUUUUUUCAAUAAAAGAGCUGAAUCAA